GCAUGCGCAGCGCCGGCGGCCGGCGGGUCCGGGGAGGGUGACGGAGACCCGGCCGCCCCGCCCCCGCUCUCCGCUCCGCGCACCCUUUCCGCGCCUCGGCGGUUUCGCUUCCCUUUCCGGGAGCGCAGGCGGCGGCCGUCCAGGUCUCUUUUCCUCUCUUCGGCAUUCUCGGCUCCUGCGUUGAGCAUGGCGGCUUGGAGCAGGCGAGCUGCCCUGCGACUCUGCGCCACAGUUGUUCUACUUGAUGUGGCUUUCGGUAAAGGUUUUGUAGAAGAUUUAGAUGAAUCGUUUAAAGACAAUCGAAAAGAUGACAUUUGGCUUGUAGAUUUUUAUGCACCGUGGUGUGGCCAUUGUAAAAAACUGGAACCGAUUUGGAAUGAAGUUGGUCUCGAGAUGAACAGCAUUGGUUCUCCAGUUAAAGUUGGAAAGAUGGAUGCUACUUCCUAUUCCAGCAUUGCUUCAGAGUUUGGAGUUCGAGGUUAUCCAACAAUUAAGCUAUUAAAGGGGGACUUGGCAUAUAAUUAUAGAGGACCAAGAACUAAAGAUGAUAUUAUUGAGUUUGCUCACAGAGUAUCUGGGGCUCUAAUCCGGCCACUUCCCAGUCAGCAAAUGUUUGAACAUGUGCAGAAGAGACAUCAUGUAUUUUUUGUUUAUGUAGGUGGAGAGUCACCUUUGAAGGAGAAGUACAUAGAUGCUGCAUCAGAAUUGAUUGUAUAUACGUACUUCUAUUCCGCCUCAGAAGAAGUGGUUCCUGAGUAUGUGACGCUGAAAGAGAUGCCUGCUGUGCUUGUUUUCAAAGAUGAAACUUAUUUUGUUUAUGAUGAGUAUGAAGACGGUGAUCUGUCAUCAUGGAUCAACAGGGAGAGGUUUCAGAAUUAUCUUACUGUGGAUGGCUUCCUCUUGUACGAACUUGGAGAUACAGGAAAGCUUGUGGCUGUUGCAGUUAUUGAUGAGAAAAAUACAUCAAUUGAACACACCAGAUUAAAGUCAGUUAUUCAGGAAGUUGCUAGAGACUACAGAGACCACUUCCAUAGGGAUUUUCAGUUUGGCCAUAUGGAUGGAAAUGACUAUAUUAAUAGCUUACUGAUGGAUGAGUUGACAGUCCCAACUGUAGUUGUACUGAAUACUUCAAAUCAACAGUACUUUCUACUAGAUAGACAGGUGGAGAAUGCUGAAGACAUGGUCCAGUUCAUUAAUAACAUUUUGGAUGGCACAGUAGAAGCCCAAGGAGGUGACAGCAUUUUCCAGAGAUUAAAAAGAAUAGCAUUUGAUGCCAAAUCUACUAUUGUGUCUAUAUUCAAGAGCUCACCACUUAUGGGCUGCUUUCUCUUUGGCCUGCCACUGGGUGUCAUCAGUAUCAUGUGCUAUGGGAUCUACACAGCUGAUACAGAUGGAGGUUAUAUAGAAGAACGAUACGAAAUAUGUGAAAAUGAAACUGAAAGUCAAGAACUGAUGGAAGAGAGCAAAGAAGAACCAGAGCCAAGCAGUGCAGGAUCUCUAGUGCCUACAGUGCAAGAACCCAAAGAUGUAUUAGAAAAGAAGAAAGAUUAAGACUUUAGUAGUAUAAAAUAUUUGAUAGGAUUUCAAAUUAUUAAAGAGUCUAUUUAUUGAAUUUAGACAUUUAAUCAUGAUCUUUACAGAAGAGAACUUGUUUGUAUUUUGCUAAUAGCAACGCAUAUGGACAAAAGUAUUCCUCUCAUAAAUGGGGAGGAUGUUUGGAUCACAGAAAUGAAAUGUUUGUCUAAAGCAAGCAAAGAAAAACAAAGGUGAACCUUACACAUGUUAUAACAAUCAGUUAUAUUUGCAUGUUUUUCUAUCUGAAUAUUCUGUGACAGAGUUAAGAUUCUUGGGCAGAAUAUUUUAAUUGGUCAAUCAGGUAGAAAAUACAUGUUUGAUAUAGAAAAAUAAUACCUCCACCUCCUACCAUCCAUUCUCCUCAUAUAUUUUGAAUAAAAUUUAUAUGGACAAUAUUUAGUCUUUAAAAUUUAGGCACUUUAAGGAGAACUAAUAAUUUUUUCCAUGUAUCAAAUUAAGAUUGUAAGGUUAUAAAUAAUUUGGUUUAUAUAGCAUAGUAAUUUUAUUUUGUUGUUAUUUGUAAAAGAGAGAAACUGUUACUUUUUAACUUUAUACUCAGUUGCAUUAUUACAUGGUUUUCAUAUGGUCUUGUACAGUGGGGGAAAAUAGUCAUAUCUGAUCUUUGCAAUGUUAACAAGGUUGGCUUGGAGCUGGGGUUUCACGCCAUUCUCUGAGCGCUCUGUUACAGAUGUGUUAGACAUCGCUGCAAUAAGGGAAGGAUCUAUCACUCCUGCCCAGCUCUAGCCGAACAGUUUAGUUUAGUUUGGGGGUAUUUUUUUUCCUAUUUUUUAUAUUGGGAUUUCUUCUGAAAUUUCCUUGGAUAAAAAGUUUCUGCUGCUUUUUCGAAAGUACUGCUCUGUGGUAACUGAUAUUCCAAUGUGUGUGUAUGUGUAUAUAUAGUAUAUAUGUUAUAUAUAUAUAUAUAUAUACAAUUUCUUGACAGCCUGUUAUGUAACAUUAUGGAUAUAUCUCUGUUCAUAAUGAGUAAUAAAUGUUGUAAUCAGAUUGUCACACAACAAAAAUCAUGUCCGAUGACAAAAGAGAUCUGCUCCAUCAUGUCAGUCUCUUUCAGCCAGUGACCUCUCAUCUAUCCAUAAUGAAACAAGGUAGGAAUUCUAUCCCAAUACAAAUGAGCAUGUUUAAGUUUGUUGGUUUUGAGGCUUUCAUUUUAGCUAAGUUUAGAAUUUUAUCAGGCAGUUAUCAUUUGGAUGGUUAUUAAUUGAAUAAUUGAGUUAUUCAAUAUAAAGUAUUUUAUUAAACAUUUAAAAUUAUUUAUUCACUUUAAAAAUGUUAAGUCACGGUCCUGAUACCAAAGUUGUUAGGGCUUUGGUCCCAAAGGGCAGCCUUUGGUUAUUUCUGAUACCAUGAUGAUUACACUGAACUGAAACUCUUGUAUCUUAAGUACUAAGGAAUUACUAGUAAUUGUUUUAUUGUAUCCAUGUGCUCUUAUUUUUAGUACUUGACAAGUAAAUACUCAUUCUUAAUGUUUGGCAUCCCAUUAUUUUAUUUUUUAAGUAAUGAAACAAACAUGUGGUUGUAGAGAAUUUUAGGAAAUGUUUUUCAUUUUAAACUGGAGAUACAUCCUGUUAAUUUUACAAGUAGAUUCUUCUCCAAAGUGUCAUUAAAUUUUAAUGAGUUAUUUUGGAAGAUAAAUAUUAAUGUUCCUAAUGGUCAGGCUUUUGUAUAACAGUAAUGAUGAGCUUAGAUAACCAUGGAUGUUUCAUUUGAGACUCAAAUCUAGUAAGGAAGUGAAAGCUCAGAAGUAAGUGACAUGAAGAAAUUGUUAUAGAAAAUAUUACUGACUUUUUCCUUUGUUAAUCACUAUCAGAUGUUAGUCAUCUGCAUAUUUUUGGUUGUGGAAUGAAUCCUUCAAGCACCUCAGAAUGAAAGACCUCAAUAGGAAAAAAAAAAAAAUGCCCAUUAUGUACAAAUAAAAAUCCUGUGAUCUUCCUUUAUAUUUUGAAAUUUUCUUGUUUAUAAAUUAAUGCCUUAGUUCUCUGUUAUCCUUUUCACAACUCUGUACUGUUGCCCCAAAAUGUAUUCUAUUUGUGCUUUUAAAGUGUGUUCAUUUGGGAAAACAAAAAUGGGUGGGUUGUUUGUAAAUGAAAAGUUUCAUUUCUUCCUUUAUGUAUUAAAAUUUUGUCUCAUUUUGGGAUAUUUUUAUUUGUCAA